ACUUAGCACAAUACGUAGUAAUCGUAACUGGUCCGAUUUCCUUGGUUUUGCACUAUCAGGACUGCAACUGUGCUAAGUGCACUCUCAUCGCUGAACGACAGCGCGUGAUGGCAGCUCAGGUGGCGCUACGUCGACAACAAGCACAGGAGGAGAACUCGGCUCGUGAACUCGGCCUGCUCUACGGACCCGGUGGGCUGCUUCAGCUGAAUACAGAACAGCCAAUUAUUGUCAAUCAUCUAGCAGCCGUACUGAGGAGCCUGAAGGACCAGGAGACCGCUGAAUUGCUUCCAAAGGAAGUGAGCCACGGGCGGGAGACAGGAGAGUUUGAGUCUUUGGGACAUCAGUUUCAACCACAUCGUCAUCGUCAAAAGCCACAGCAGCCUGACUACUCCUGCCAACAUGAGGCUAGUAUCGGGGUGGACUAUUGGUUCGCAAAGCAGCAGUCACGGCCCACUCGGCCUGCACCAGAUGCACAGAGCGUGGAGGCAAAAACGCAAGUUGACGGAGAGAUGAAGCAGAAGGGGGCGAUGAAUGAAAGUGAUACGAGGCCAAAAAAGUGUCAAAUAAGUCAGAGAGAGGAGAAGAAAAAGGUGACAGAGGAGAUUCUGGUUUUGGCAGAGAAGAAGAUGAAAGAGGAUAUAUUAAAGGAAGUGGAGAAGGAAGAAGAGACUGUAAAAGAUGAAAAGGGUGAGGAACGACUGAAGAGUAACGACUCAGAGUACACUGAUAAGAUGGUUGUUUCGAGGACUGCUACAAUGACAGAGUCAAGCGGGGAAAGUCAAUGUGAUGUCGGCGAGGCUGAUCAAGGCUGGCCUGCGAUUCAGGUUCCAAAUAGUGACCUCCUCCGUUGUCUAGUGCCUUCAGGAGCCCUUAAAUCUGCUUCAUUUCAUGCCUCCUCGAUCCCCAAUCCGAAUCUUGGUUUGCAGCUUCCACGAGACAACCUAAACUGGACCUCUUUAGGAAAUCUUGAUAGUCAUUCUCUUCCGGCCUAUAGGCAUGAUCCGCACCAAAAUCAUCAAAUCCAGCAACAGCUCAGUCCUAAUCCUGGCCAUCACACGACAAGUGAAAUGGAUCUGGUAGCUUGCUAUCAGGCCCGAGCAGAGUCGAUCGACUCUAGCAUCGGACAUCGUAAAGGCCUAUCUAGAGAAAAGGGUGAGGUUGCAGACAAGCAAAAUGAGCUGCAUUUUGAGAGAGAGAAUGGAAAGGCAGAAAAGAAUGACGGGAUGGGGGAAGAGGCAGAGGAUGGGGAGGAAGAAGAAGAAGGAGGAGAAGGAGGAGGAGGGGAGGAAGAGGAAGAGGAAGAGGAGGAGGAGGAGGAGGAGGAGGAAGAAGAAGAAGAAAUUGCGGAUGAUGCGAGCGAGGCUAAAAAUAAACUUAUGGAGGGUGAGGCCAAAGAGUCAUUAGGCAAAACUCCUAGACGAGGUGAGUUCGAAUGGAACGGGAAUUUGUCUUCUGCAUUCUGCAGGCCAGAAAUGCAUUUAGCAGAAAGUGGGGGAUCAGCCUCCUUCAUUCCCAAUUAUCCGGUUCCAGUAACGCGGAACGCAACCAGUAUCCUUCACCCUCAAUUGCUCGGGCUGCUUCUUCAAAACCAGCAUCUUCAUCAAUUUCCUCAUUCCCCCCUUGUUCCAUCUCUUCAUCCUCCGCCUUGU